AUGAAUAAUCCAAACUGGGAACGAUUUGCACGUGAUAUGCAAAAACGUGCACAACAGAUGACUCCUAAUGGUAGUGGUCCUAAGGGAGGAGCUAGUCCUCGGGGAUUAUUUGCUGGUGUUGGAGGUCUCAUCUUUCUUGGAUUAGGUUUUGUGGCACUCCAGAGCUCUUUAUAUAAUGUGAAUGGAGGUGAAAGAGCUGUUAUUUAUGAUCGGUUUCGUGGUAUUUUGCCGAACGUGAUUGGUGAAGGUACACAUAUUCGUAUUCCAUUCGUGCAGUUCCCUUAUAUUUAUGAUAUAAGGGCCAGACCUAGAACGGUCUCGUCUUUAACUGGUACUAAGGACUUGCAGAUGGUCAACAUUUCCUGUAGAGUUUUGUCUAGACCAGAAAUUUCUGCUCUACCAACAAUUCACAGAACUUUGGGAAAGGAUUACGACGAAAGAGUUCUUCCUUCGGUGGUCAAUGAGGUGUUGAAGGCUGUUGUGGCUCAGUUUAAUGCCGCUCAGUUGAUCACGCAGCGUGAGAAAGUUUCCCGGUUGGUGAGAGAAAAUUUACUGAGAAGAGCUGGCCAUUUCAGUGUUCUCUUGGAUGAUGUGUCUCUUACUGCCAUGACUUUUUCUCCAGAGUUUUCCACUGCGGUGGAGGCAAAGCAGAUUGCCCAGCAAGAUGCCCAAAGAGCAGCCUUUGUGGUGGACAAGGCUAUCCAAGAAAAGCAAUCUCUGGUGGUUAGAGCUCAGGGUGAGGCCAGAUCUGCCGAAUUGAUUGGAGAUGCUAUCAAGAAGUCGCGCGAUUACGUGGAGUUGAAGAGAUUGGAAACCGCUAAGGAUAUCGCAGAGACUUUAGCUCGCUCUCCUAACAAGGUUUACUUGGAUAAUGAGGCCUUGUUGUUGAAUACUGUAACCGAUACGAGAAAUGAGAAAUAA